AUGUCUCCUCCACGAGUAAUUGUCGUCGGUGGCGGUCUUUCUGGCCUCAGUGCUGCCCAUACAUUGUAUCUUGCCGGCGGAAAUGUUCUUGUUCUUGACAAGCAAGGAUUUUUCGGUGGAAACUCCACAAAGGCCACAUCGGGUAUCAACGGUGCUCUCACCCGCACCCAGGUCGACUCAAAAAUCCAGGACAGUGUGCAGCAGUUCUACGACGAUACCAUGAAGUCGGCACGUGACAAGGCGCGACCAGAUCUUAUCAAGGUUCUUACAUACAAGUCGGCAGCUGCCGUGGAAUGGUUACAAGAUGUAUUCGGACUUGAUCUUACGCUUGUCUCUCGUCUUGGUGGUCACUCACAACCCCGUACGCACCGUGGCCACGAUGCCAAGUUCCCCGGAAUGGCCAUCACCUACGCUCUGAUGCAGAAGCUUGAAGACCUUGCCGAAACCGACCCUGAGCGAGUAAAGAUUAUCAAGAAAGCUCGUGUCACCAAGAUCAACAGCGAGGGCAACCACGUCACCGGUCUUGAUUUCGAGUACGAGGGCAAGACAUACACCGAGUACGGCCCAGUCAUUCUCGCCACUGGAGGAUAUGCUGCGGAUUUCGACAGCCCAGACUCACUCUUGAAGAAGCACCGUCCUGAUGUCCUUAAGCUCUCAUCAACCAACGGAACUCACGCUACCGGUGAUGGACAGAAGAUGGUUAUGGCCCUUGGCGGUAACGGAAUUGACAUGGACAAGGUCCAGGUGCACCCUACCGGACUUGUAGACCCCAAGGACCCUACUUCCAAGUGGAAGUUCUUGGCUGCUGAGGCUCUCCGUGGUGAGGGUGGUCUUCUCUUGAAUGCCGAUGGUAACCGAUUCUGCGACGAACUUGGCCACAGAGAUUAUGUCUCUGGCGAAAUGUUCAAGAACAAGUUCCCCAUCAGACUGGUCCUUAACAGCAAGGCCUCAAAGGUCCUUGAUUUUCACACCAGGCAUUACUCCGGGCGUGGUCUUAUGAAGAAGAUCACUGGUGCUGAGCUUGCCAAGGAAAUUGGCUGCGGACCCGAGCACCUCCAGAAGGUCUUCAAGUCAUACAACGACAUUGCCGACGGCAAGACCAAGGACCCCUAUGGAAAGAAAUUCUUCCACAACACUCCUUUCAAUAUCAAUGACGACUUCCAUGUUGCCCUCAUGGAGCCUGUUGUCCACUUUACCAUGGGUGGUGUUGAGAUUGAUGACAGGGCCCGUGUCCUCAACAAGGAGGGCAAGCCAUUUGAGGGUCUCUACGCCUGUGGUGAGAUUGCCGGAGGUGUCCACGGUGCUAAUCGUCUUGGUGGUUCAUCUCUCCUUGGAUGUGUUGUUUACGGCCGUGUCGCUGGUGACACCGCUGCGGAAUACCUUUUCCAAAAGGUUCUGUCUGGUGCUGUAUCAGGAUCAGGAUCAUCUACCGCUGCUGCCCGUCUAAACCAGAUCUCGCUUCAUAUUGAUCCUAACACCCCAGGAAAGCUCACUAUUGAGUGGAAUGGUGGAAACGCCGCCCCCUCACAGGGUUCAGGCUCCGCCGAAAGCAUUCCCGGUCAGACUGCAACACACUCUGUUUUAAAAGACAGUGCCAGCGGCCAGGACCCCGGUACAGUGUCGAAGCCUGCGGCAAAGAAGGAGUUUUCCAUUCCUGAGAAGGAAUUCACGAUGGAGGAGGUUGCAGCGCACAAUACUAAGGACAGCGUAUGGGUUGUUGUCAAAGGUGUAGUCAUGGAUGUGACAAACUUCCUUGAGGACCACCCCGGUGGUGUCCAGGCUGUCAUGAACUUUGCCGGCAGAGAUGCAACUGAGGAAUUUGCGAUGUUGCAUGACGAUGAGGUCAUUCCUAAGUACGCCCCGGCUACUGUUAUUGGACGGAUAAAGGGCGUUACCCCUAAGUUGGACCUUUAA